CGAUCCAGGGUACGACUAAACCUUCAGUGCCACCAUAUCCCUGUCACAUCACCUAAAACAGGCCCCCAAAACAGACCCAUCGCAAAAUUCUGAGAACGAUGGUAUCACAGCAGUCCUGGGCCGACUGGCUCCUAGAUUCGUAUGCUUCCUCAGUAUCACCUAUCAUUAGCGAGUCUCCCUAUCGUCAUCACGACGACUCCCAUUCUAUAUCCGACAACUCAUAUUCAACGUCACCCACGAACCCUAACUCUCUGAGCCCGAUGUCCUCAGUGUCAAAUUCGUCCGCCUAUGGUCCCUACGUGCGAACAGGCCGCGGCGGUGCGGGCAACUUCAUCUGGCAGACCGAAUUGAAGCCUGCACGAUCAGCAGAUCUUGAUCUAGAAGCGCAGGCGGCCAAGAGUUCAUCUCUGGCAGAGCGCCGGAAAGCAACCGCUAGGCUGGAAAGCAUCGAUACCAAACCCGCGAUGCGCUUGCGCCAGCAGUCGGCGCACCACCUCUCGGUCGGUCGUGGCGGAGCCGGCAACUAUGCUUCAGGCGCCGAGAUAGCCCAGGCGAAACGGAGUCCCAGUCUGCCGCUGAGUUUCAGCUCGAGCAGGCCGGUGAGUCCACCGAGUGCAGGGGCCAUACAUGCAGGAAGAGGCGGCGCGGGCAAUUACGAGGCUGCAGCUGCAAUCGGUGGACGGAUCGAGAGCCAGAAGGAAUUGGAAGAACGACUCGCCGCCGAACAAAGAAGAGAGCAAAUCGCCGUAGAAGUCGAUGGACUCCUCCAACCUCCUCCUGAAGCGUUCCUCGGUGGACGAAGGAAAAGCGAAGCUGAGUUCGAAUGUGUCUGAAAUAAACAUCACCAUGUGUCAGCAAGGAGGACUUCUGGAUCUCCUGACACCACUCAAAUUAUACAGCUCCCUGUCCGAGAACAUGAGGAAGGAACAAACCGGACGAUGUCGGAGGUCUCAUUGACAGAAGGCC